AUGAAUCUUGAACAAGAUGUAAAUAUCACAUUUCUCUAUGGAAAUGAUCAAGACUUAACAUCGAAUACACUUGGCUAUAUAGAUCCAUUACCAAAUAUCACGUUUCGUCAACCAAUUACAACUCAACAAAUCUAUAUUAGAGCGAGAAAAGCGGGACAUUUGAUUGUUGGAGCACAAUCACAAGAAGUAAACAUAACUCAGGGAGAUUUUAUGAGAAUCGAAAUAGCUGAAAGUUCAACAUUGAAUGUGUUCAUACAAAUAAUUGGAUGGAUCUAUUUUCUAGCUUGGUCCAUAUCAUUUUAUCCACAAAUAAUUUUGAAUUUUAAACGCAAAAGUGUUAUUGGUCUAAAUUUUGACUUUUUAGCUCUGAAUAUAUUAGGACAUUUUUGUUAUUCUGUAUUCAAUGUAGGCUUAUAUUCAUCACCCGAAGUGCAAUUAGAAUAUUUUCAUUUACAUCCACAUGGUGUUAUUCCCGUAUUAUUAAACGAUGUUGUAUUCGGUUGUCAUGCUGUGAUAGCAUGUCUGAUAACCAUAUUUCAAUGCUUAUUUUUUGAACGAGGUGCACAACGUGUCUCUUAUAUUACUCGUGUAAUCAUGUGUAUAUUAGGAUUAUUUUUACUUAUUUCAACUGUAGUCUCAUUAAGUACGCAUAAUAAAUUACAAACAUUAACAUUACUCUAUUUUUAUUCUUAUGUAAAAUUAUUAAUAACAUGUAUUAAGUAUAUACCUCAGGUUUAUUUCAAUUACCGUCGAAAAUCAACCGUAGGUUGGUCGAUAGGAAACAUAUUGCUUGAUUUUACUGGGGGAGCUUUCAGCUUGCUUCAAAUGUUCAUGCUGGCUUAUAAUUAUAAUGAUUGGACAUCAAUAUUUGGAUCACCAACAAAAUUCGGUCUCGGAAUAUUGUCAAUAUUCUUUGAUAUUAUAUUUAUUGUUCAACAUUAUUUUCUCUAUAAAGAACCCUUGUAUCAUAUUGUACAAUCAGCAGAAGAAGACAACAGUCAAUGA